AUGUCCUGGGCGACGUUCGCGGUUGCUUCCGGUGGUGGCGGCGGCGUUGGCGUUGGCGUGGAGGGGUCCGGACGCGGGGCACCACGGCUCGUCGCCGCCUUCACUUUCGUCCUUUUGGGACCCGUACUCUUCGGUCUCGCACGGGGUGCCUUCGGCUUCGUUGCCACCGCCGAGACAUCACCGGUGGACGCGGCGGCACCGGAUUGUGGGACCACAUGCGUUCCCGCGCGCCGCCGCUUCACCCCGCUCGUUGCCCCGACCGUCGUUGCUUCCUCUGCGGGGGUCGCAGGGGUGGCAGGGGUCGCCGGGGUGGUUGGUGGAGCGGCGGAAGCUACGGCGACCACGGGAGAGGGUGGCAGCGCCUGCGAGGUAGCAACGGCGGCCGGCGGGGUCAAUUCGAGACUCAUCGGGGAGAAAUCGGAGGGUGGCGGCGCAGAGGAAGGUGAGGGCGCACAAAUCGGAGGCGGCGGCGGCGGUUGGGAGGGGCUGAAAGUUCCCUCGCGCGCAAACUAG